UAUAUUAUUCCUUAAAAUGAAAUGAUGAUUAUGCAAUGCAUUAACAAGAAUGUACAGUCUCUUUAUAUUAGAUAAUAGAUUUGUGGGCAUGUGAUUCCAGUUCAUUGUGGUUUCAAAAUAGCACAGUAAGCCUAUAUGUUAUAAAUUUUAGCUGUUAAUUCACGCAUUAUUAAAAAUAAUCAUUCUGAAAUGAGGAAUGAACCAGUUUCAAAAAAAGCAAUAGUUCAAUACUGGGUGACUUUUUUUCUGGUGGAGGUGGAGCCUAGGUUAGCAUGUACUCUACCCAGUGUAAUGGGCUUGGUAAUAUCAUGCAUUAGCAUUUAAGGAGGUCACACAUUGUUCUGUGAACUGAUAAACCAUUUAAAUUUAUAAAGCACUUUCUGUCAACGCUUAAACAGACAUGGACCAUUACGGAAAACGAGGUGAAGUUUACCUACAGCACCAGAGACAUGGUGAGAAGUGGAAGCGGUAUUGGCUGACCCUUCAUCCAGCCAGUCGGCAUGGCGUUGCACGCUUAGAAUUGUCAGAGGCCAGUCAGGAAAGGUCGACUGUCGUGGUCAGACGGCAUCCAGAGAGAAAAGUUGUCCGUUUGAAUGACUGUGUGAGUGUCGUCAAGUUGCCUCCUCAUGCAGAGGCUUGUCCAGGGGAAAACAUGGCUGCCUUCUGUGUGGAGACAGAAGAAAAGAGACUGGUGUUUGCAGCAGAGAGGGAAAGCUGUGGAGAAUGGGUGGAGAUAAUAUGUAACAUCGCCUUUCAGAAACACUGUAAUAGUGGCCCAAAGUCGGUCCCUCGCAUGGAGGACAAUCAGAUCUACAUGUCCAGAGAACAAUUGUGUGAGUUCAAAGUGCUUGUGUCGCAGACUGAGGCAUCGGUUGGUUGUGGCCUGACAGGACAGUACUGGUUACAAGCUGGUGACGACAUGUUGGUGCUUCAAGAUCUGGAGACCAGGAAAACAGUGUUGGAGUGGCCAUAUAAGCUGCUACGCCGCUAUGGGCAAGAUAAGAUGCUGUUUUCUAUAGAGGCAGGAAGACGCUGUGAGUCAGGCCCUGGAACCUUUAACUUUGAGACCAGGCAGAGUGAAGAGAUACUCCGCCUUAUUGAGUCAGCCAUUCGGCAGCAGAAUAGCCUCACUGUUGCUGAAGGCAGGAACUCGCCACAUUCACCACGUUCUCGUUCUCCUCGCUCACCCUUACCCAGACGCCCUGAUAGCUUUGGUAUGCUAUAUACUGAGAGAACCAACAGCCCUGACAGCAUUGGAGUCAGUGAGAGUGUGUACUCGAAUCAAGCUGAUGCUCUUGUUCCAAACAUUCAUGCUUUGUCAAAUCCUUUAUACAUAAAACCUGCAAGUCUAAUUGGCUUAAUUGAACCUGUAAAAUCUGACGAUUCUUUAAGCUCCUCUAAAAGAACACACACAGACACUGCUGGCGGCACUAACUUGAUUGAGCCUGUGUAUUCAAAUCCUGCUGAUUUAUUUGGCGGACAUGAAUCUGUGUAUGCACAGCCAGCAGAUGCUAUCAAAUUUAAUCAUACUGUAAAAAUAGAUCAAUCUGGGCUACAGUCUGGCCUCCCGUCUCAUAAGAAUGAUUCAGAACCAGUGUAUUCUGACCCUGUUGAUGUCAUCCGCUCAGGCCCAAAAGUUAACAACUGUGUUUAUGCCAGCCAUACUGACACAAUGAAAUGUCAGGUUUCCAAGGCAACCUCUAACAAUGAAGAGCAACAAGAACCUGUGUACUCUGAGGUGUAUAAUGUCACACAAAACUCAAGUAAAAAACCAGACCUGAACACUGUGGAGCCAGUUUACAGUGUACCGGAGGUUGCUGCACGCCGACAAGUUGUUCAGGAAGAUCAAGACAAUAAGUCUGCACAAAACAAGAUGCCUGAGGAGAUCACAGCAAUCUACAGCAAAGUUAUGAAACCACCAAAAACUCCUCAGUCUCUCCCAGUAAAGAAACAAAGCCAAACACAAGAGAUUGUCUUUGAGGACCUUGGAAUGAUUUAGAGUUUAUCUUUACAAACAUGUAGUUGUUAAAUUUCCCUUGUUUUUCAUAUUUGAAAUAUUACUCUUCUGAACACUGAUUUUAUUAAUUUAUUCAUCCUUUCUACCUGAUGUGAAUGAUGAUCCUUUUUAUGUUUUUUAAUUAUGUAACACUGAUGCACACCAUGAAAAAAGGUAUUAUUGAGUACAUUUGUAUGUAUUGUGGGUGUUUUAAACUUUUGUUUGGUAUUUUUGUAUUUAUGCAAAA